GCUGCCUGGCGGGGCUGGCGCAGCCCAAGAAGGCGUCGGCGUCGUACGAGGAGCGGCGCAAGCAGGCGACGGCCAUCGUCCUGCUGGGCGUCAUCGGCGCCGAGUUCGGCGCCGAGAUCCAACCCCCGAAGCUGCCGACGCGGCCCCGCAGCUCCGGCCAGGCCCCCGACGGCUUCGGCCUCACCAGCGCCGGCUCCAACUACUCCCUGGCCAGACACACCUGCAAGGCGCUGACGUUCCUGCUGCUGCAGCCGGGCAGCGCGCGGCUCCCGGCGCACAGCACCGUGCGCAGAACCGCCAUCGACCUCAUCGGCCGCGGCUUCACCGUCUGGGAGCCCUUCAUGGACGUGUCGGCCGUGCUGAUGGGGCUGCUGGAGCUCUGCGCCGACGCCGACAGACAGCUCGCCAAUGUCACAGCGGGGCUGCCCCUCAGCCCGGCCGCCGACUCCGCGCGCUCCGCUCGCCACGCGCUGGCACUCAUCGCCACCGCCCGCCCGCCCGCCUUCAUCACCACCAUCGCCAAGGAGGUGCACCGGCACACGGCGCUGGCGGCCAACGCGCAGUCGCAGCAGAACGUGCACACCAGCACGCUGGCGCGCGCCAAGGCCGAGAUCCUGCGCGUCAUCGAGAUCCUCAUCGACAAGAUGCCCACGGACGUGGUGGAUCUGCUGCUGGAGGUGAUGGACAUCGUCAUGUACUGCCUGGAGGGAUCCCUGGUGAGGAAAAAGGGGCUGCAGGAGUGUUUCCCAGCCAUCUGCAGGUUCUACAUGGUGAGCUACUACGAGCGCAGCCACCGCGUGGCCGUGGGCGCUCGCCACGGCUCCGUGGCGCUCUACGACAUCCGCACCGGCAAGUGCCAGACUAUCCACGGCCACAAAGGAGCCGUCACCGCCGUGGCCUUCGCCCCCGACGGCCGCUACCUCGCCACGUACUCCAACUCGGACAGCCACCUGUGCUUCUGGCAGAUGAACACGUCUCUGCUGGGCAGCAUCGGGAUGCUGAACUCGGCCCCGCAGCUGCGCUGUGUCAAGACGUUCCAGGUGCCCCCGGUGCAGCCGGCGUCGCCCGGCUCGCUCGGCGCGCUCCGCCUGGCCCGGCUCAUCUGGACCUCCAACCGCAACGUCAUCCUCAUGGCCCACGACGGCAAGGAGCAUCGCUUCAUGGUCUAGGGCAUGGUCUGGGGCCUGGUCUGGGGCUGCAGCUCUCCCCCUUCCCCUGCAGCCUCUGGGGAUGGACCCAGAGCAGGGACCUGCCCCGGCUCCUGGGGCUGCAGCUCUCCCUUCCCACGGCCUCUGGG